GUUGUAAUUUUGUAUUUGCUAGCUAAAGUCAUUUUAUUUAGUAUUUAUUGAUUUAGCUUGACAUUGCAAUAAUAGAACAACAGAGGGCAUUUGGUCAAAGAUUACUUUGACAGUUCUUAUUUAAAGUUUUUCUAGUUUGAAGGUCAGAAACUUGUUUGGCGCCACCUGUUGUUGGCUGAUUUGAAAUGAUCAUGUUUGCAACAUGAUUUCUGUUUUGUGAGGAAAAUCUGUGGUUUUCUGGAGCAUCCUUUGUUCCUGAGAGCUGUUUCUACAGUAUUAUGGAGGCACAGAGUUUUCACGGAGUGAAGGGAAGAAGAACGGAAUAAAGCAGUGGAAGGAGUAUUAAGAUAAAAGAUUCGUUCAUCAAAGACAGAGUUGCAUUCCCCUUGAUGGUUAUGACUCUAAAAUAAACUGACACUCCCGUAAAAACCUGAGUCGUUGUAGUUAUUCAGCGUUUCGCCUCACAGACAGUCACAGUGAAAACUCUCUCUCAGAAGAGUGAAAAGAACUCGGGGAAACAGCCAACCUUUUCCUGAGUUAAACCGCCUCUCGGCUCUUCAAGUAAGCUCUCUCCAACGAUCAGACAAGAUGAUAGAAGGAGAAGGAAAAGCUGAGGGACAAACAGCUGAGGGUCAAACAAGACCAAUAAGAGAAACAGUUACAACCGAAAAGGGGUUGCAAUACCAGCUUGGUGUUGCAACCAAGAACUGGAAGGGUGCAAUAAGAACGUGGCAGAGAUCAGCCGACAAGUUGAAGGAGCUGUUAGGUGAUGAAAAACCAGAAUCAUCAAUGAUUAGAGAUGGUCGAAACGGCACCCAACAAGCAAUCGAGAAGGUCAUCGAGCUCAGGAAAGGCUGGCAGAAGUCACGACUGCCUUGUCAAAAGAGGACAACAGCGAGGACAAGCUGGAAGCGAUGGAGGAAAAGCAUUCCGGCUUGAUGGACAAAGUCAUGAAUACAUUGGUUCUCUUACGCGGUGAUGUGGCCUCAAAGGCCUCCUCCAGGUGCAAGGAAUGGGUUGACAACGGACCGCCAGCUGCCACCAACAAUGAAGACGCUUCAAAGGAGCCAGCAGCAAGAGCAGAAGCAAGUCCCAAUCCAGACGAAGGAGUGCUGAAAUUCCUUGCCAUGAGCAGGCUGCCCGUGCCGGAGUCAGGGAUCUUUGGGGGCGAUCCGCUGGAAUAUACGUCAUGGAAACGUAGUUAUGACAACCUCAUAGGGCAACAGGGCAUUCCGCCGCAGGAGAAGUUUUAUUUUCUCCUGAAAUAUCUCAGAGGAGAACCAAAGGGCCUUGUUCAAGGAUAUGCCAUGCUAGGAGAUGAUGGAGCCUAUGAAGCAGCUGUCAGCAAUCUACAAGAGAGGUAUGGAGACACUUUCAUCAUCUCCAAUGCCUACAGAGACCGUCUCGAUGCCUGGCCAAAGAUUAGCACAAAAGAUUCACAAGGUCUACGCAGACUAGCUGACUUCCUGAGACAAUGUGAUACGGCAUCAAGAUACGUCCAUCAUCUUAGACAUUUAGAUGAUGAACGCGAGAGCAGGAAAUUGAUGGCCAAACUACCCGACUGGUUAGUGGCGAGAUGGGGACGGACUGUUGCGAGGUACAGGCAAGACACAGUUGCCUUUCCCCCGUUUUCCAUCUUUGCAAGAUUCGUUAACGAUGAGGCGACCAUUGCCUGUGAUCCCGUCACAUCUUUUCAGAUGCCAAAGGGGGAAAGGAAGCUGCCUACGGCAAGGGCAUUCGGAACCGACGCUAGGAAAAGCAACAGUAAGCCGUCAUGCAGCUUUUGUAAGGGUACUCACAGACUUGAGGACUGCUCUACCUUCAAGGUGGAGACUUUAGAUAGCCGAAAGGAGUUUGUGAAAGAACAAAGACUGUGCUUUGGUUGCCUAAAGUUUGGACACGUGUCAAAGAAAUGCAAGAUACGCUCUACAUGUUCAUUAUGUAAGUACAAACAUCCAACGGUACUUCAUGAUGAGAGCUGGAGAACAACUAAAGCACAGCCGAAGGAUUCAAAAGUUCAAGAAGAAAUGCAAUCCAGCUCUCAUGCAUCGGCCAACAGAUUUAACAUCAAAGCAAAGACAUCUUCGAUACUCCCGGUUUGGUUGUCCCAUGGCACAGCUCGAGAGCAGAGGUUGGUGUACGCCAUGUUAGACACGCAGUCUGACACUACCUUCAUCCUGGACAAGACAAAGCAGGACAUGGGCAUCAAAGGCAAAGAAGUCAACCUCCUGCUUUCUACGAUGACACGGGCCGAUGAAAGGGUGAAGAGUGAGAAGAUUACAGGUUUAAAGGUGAAGGCUUUCAAUAGCAAUAAGGAGAUCAGUCUGCCACCUACAUACACCCGCAGCAUCAUGUCUGCUAACCGGGAGCACAUUCCCACUCCAGAUGUGGCCAGAUCAUACCCUCAUCUGACUGAGAUUGCAGAGUUCAUGAUGCCCCUUCAAGAUUGUGAAAUUGGCCUCCUGAUUGGGUAUGACUGUGCAAAGGCUCUAGCUCCUCGUGCUGUAAUUCUCUCCUCAGACGAAAACGGACCUUUUGGGAUGCAGACUGAUUUGGGUUGGAGUAUCAUCGGCACAGUGGACUCCAACUAUCAAGGCAGUGCAGAGGAUCCAAUAGGACUGAGUCAUAGAAUUCUGGGCUGCGAAAUCCCCACUGAAUUACAUGGUGUCAACAAACACCAGAAGUUUGAUGCAGUGUUCUCACAGUCUAUCACUGCAAAGGAAGAAAUCACCCCGAGCCACAUCUUGAAACUAAUGGAAGCAGGUUUCAAUGCAGACACGAAUGAGAGGCCAUAUUCGCAGCAUGAUAAAAAGUUCCUGAAAGUAAUGGAAGAUGGCAUCCAUGUUGCGGAUAAUGGGCACUACGAAAUGCCGCUACCAUUCAAGAUGGAGGAACCGUUGAUGCCGAACAAUCUGUUCCAAGCCAAGAAGAGGCUACAAGGCUUAAGACGAAAGUUCACAAAGGAUGUAGUCUAUCAUGAACAUUACACCAAGGUAAUGGAUGCUCUCAUCAAGAAUGAGUAUUCAGAGUAUGUACCAGAACCCAUGGACUACAAGAAAACAGUCUGGUACAUUCCACAUCACGGCGUUCAACAACCUAACAAAUUGAGAGUCGUCUUUGACUGUAGUGCCCAGUAUAAAGGAGAAUCGUUGAACGAACAUUUGAUGACAGGACCGGAUAUGACAAAUGCACUGGCUGGUGUCUUGUGCAGAUUCCGGAUGGAAAAGGUAGCCUUCAUGUGUGAUGUGAAAGAAAUGUUUCAUCAAUUCCAAGUCAACAAGGAACACCGAGACUACCUGAGAUUCCUGUGGUGGCCCGAUGGUGAUUAUCAGCAACCAGUUCAUCACUAUAGAAUGAAGGUACACUUGUUUGGGGCUGCCUCAUCACCAGGGUGUGCGAAUUAUGGACUAAAGAAAACUGCAACGGACCACAAAGAUAAAUACGGUGAAGCUGCAGCAAACUUCGUACACAAUGACUUCUACGUUGACGAUGGUUUGAUCUCUGUUCCCACAUCAGCGGAGGCAGUCGACUUGAUCAUACAGACUAGAGUGCUCUGCAAGGAAGGAAAACUGCACCUGCACAAGAUUGUUUCCAACUCGAGAGAGGUAAUGCAGGCAGUACCAAUAGAAGAUCGAGCCAAGAGUGUGAAAGAACUCAAUCUACUUCAUGAUGAGCUGCCGAUUGAACGAGCCCUUGGUCUGCAGUGGUGCAUAGCAUCAGAUUCCUUCAACUUUCGCAUCACAUUUGCUGACAAGCCAUGCACCAGAAGAGGAGUGCUUUCAACAGUCAUGUCACUCUACGAUCCUCUUGGACUCAUUGCUCCAGUGACAUUGAGAGGCAGACAGAUUGUUCAGGAAUUGUGCAGAGAAGGUGCUGACUGGGAUGAUCCACUGACGGAUGAGAUGAAAAUGAGAUGGGGAAAAUGGAGACAAGAUGUCAUUUGUCUUCAAAAUGUGUCGAUUCCCAGAUGCUACAAACCAGUGGAAUUCAAGGAAGUGAAAUCUGCACAGCUUCAUCACUUUUCUGAUGCCAGCACCAUAGGAUACGGAAACUGCACUUACCUCAGACUGCAGGACGUUGACGGGUCAGUGCACACAACACUAGUGAUGGGGAAAUCUCGAGUUGCGCCCAUAAAGCAUGUCACCAUUCCAAGACUGGAACUUAUGGCCGCAGUUGUAUCCACAAAGAUCAGCUCCUUUUUGGAGAAAGAACUUAGUGCACUUGAAGCUGAGAAUUAUUUCUGGACAGACAGCAAUGUGGUGAUGGGAUACGUAAACAACAAUGAAAGGAGAUUUCAAGUUUUCGUAGCCAACAGGAUCAGCCAGAUAAAGGAUCGGUCAAGCUCAUCACAAUGGAGACACGUGGACACAAAAAGCAAUCCAGCUGAUCUUGCAUCCAGGGGUGCUACUGUCGAGCAGUUGAUGGAGUCAAACUGGUUAAAGGGUCCAGCUUUCCUGUCAAAGAGAUCUCUUCCAAUUCAUGAAGGAAAAAGUUAUGAUGUACCUGAAGAUGACCCAGAAGUGAAGAAAUCGUGUGUGUCUGCCACAUCUGUAGUCACUACGUUUGACUUGGAACGACUGGAGAGGUUUUCUUCCUGGUAUCAAGCAAAGAGAGCGGUAGCAAACUGUGGGAGAUUCAAAGCUGAACUGAGAAAGAGAUGCAAACAGCGUUCACAGUCUGCCACCAAACCACUGUGUGUGGAAGAUUUGAAUCAAGCCCAAAAUGACAUCUUGAGGUUGGUUCAAGAACAUUGCUUUCCUGAGGAGAUGCAGAGACUGCGAGAUGCACCAAUCUCAAAAAUACCAGGAACAAACCACACCAGAGAUUACAAACGGAGCAUGAAAAGGGCCAGUCACCUGUAUAAACUAGACCCCUUUGUGGAUGAAAGGGGAGUUCUACGGGUUGGAGGACGAUUAAGGCGAUCAGAGGGUUCAUUUGAGGUCAUCCAUCCUGCCAUCUUACCUCAAAAACACCAUGUGACUGAGUUGAUCAUCCGUCACUGCCAUCAGAUAUCUCACCUUGGACGGGGUAUGACUAUAAAUGAACUCCGAGGUAAUGGCUUUUGGAUCAUCGGUUGCAGUACAGCAGUGUCCAAGCUGAUUGGGAAGUGCGUAACCUGUAAAAGAUUGCGAAGUGCAACACAGUCACAAAAGAUGUCAGAUCUGCCACGAGACAGGUUAGAACCAGCUCCACCAUUCAGCUACAGUGGUAUGGACUGUUUUGGACCCUGGAUCAUAAAGGAAGGCAGAAAAGAGGUGAAAAGGUAUGGUCUCCUUUUUACCUGUAUGGCGUCACGAGCGAUUCACAUCGAAACGUUGAACUCCAUGAGCACUGACUCCUUCAUCAACGGACUUCGUAGAUUCAUCUCAGUACGUGGUCCCAUUCGUCAGCUGAGAUCCGACAGAGGGACUAACUUUGUUGGCGCUGAGAACGAGUUCAAGAAGGCCUGGAAGGAGAUGGACCACGAGAAGGUGAAAGAUCAUUUGAUCAAAGAACAUUGUGAUUACUUUGAUUUCACCUUCAACUUCCCCUCGUCAAGUCACAUGGGAGGGGUCUGGGAACGACAGAUCGGUUCGGUUCGCAGAGUACUUGACGCAUUACUGUAUCACAACGGCCAGCAACUGGAUGACGACUCUCUUCGCACUUUGCUCUGUGAGGCAGCAGCUAUCGUGAACAGUCGCCCCCUCACGGCAGAGCACCUCAACGAGCCGACUCAUCUAGAACCGCUAACUCCAAAUCACCUGCUGACUCAGAAAUCAAGGGUGAUAUUACCGCCGCCAGGUAACUUUCCACGAGAAGAUGUGUACGCCAAGAAGCGAUGGAGAAGAGUACAACAUCUAGCCAACGAGUUCUGGUCUCGAUGGAGAAAAGAAUUCCUGAGCCAACUACAGUCACGACACAAAUGGACGAAGCCACAGCGCAACAUGAAGGUAGACGACAUCGUUCUGAUGAAGGACGAAAACAUUCCUAGAAACUCGUGGCCGCUGGGAAGAAUUGCUAAAGUGUUCGCGUCUGAUGACGGCCAUGUCCGGAAGGUCAAGGUCGCAGUGGGUGAUCCAAAACUAAAUAGACAUGGAAAGCGAACCUCUCCACUCUCUUACCUUGACCGCCCUAUUCACAAAUUGGUUCUAUUAGUACCGCAACAAGACCAAGUGUAAUUCCCAGCCAAGGAGCCAAGAACA